AUGGCCACUUUCGUCACCCUCCCCGUCGAACUUAUUCAGAGCAUCGCAGCAUGGUGUCGCGCGCCAGACAUCCUCCGUCUCUCACAAACCUGCCAACUCUUUCAGGCGGCAUGCGAUGAGCCAGCCGUCUUCCAGCACUCAUUCGAGGCGCAUUUAUCGGAACCCAUAUCGAGCUUCUUCCAAGAUAAAAAUGCCUUGGUGCAUUUCGUCAAACCCUAUGUUGAGGGCCCCAAGAAACCUUCCCAGCUCAAUGAAGGCCCUACGGCGACGUGGAGAUGCCUUGCCGUGGCAGCCGCCCGAAUUCCCGAUGCCACAGUCGAGUUGGAACGGCUCGCCUCAAGUGUCAAGCUCCAUGCCACUUUGGAUUCCCAGCAGCUCGGACAAGACACUGAGGAAUCCCUCCACGGGGUACUAGGCCUGUUGUCUACCCUGCCAAUUUGGGGGUAUUCUGCAACUUGUAGUUCGGUUGUCGCGGCCACACUCGAUAGCUUGUGUCCGAUCUUGUUUCCCAAGUCACGCGCUCUGCAGCAACUCAGGAUCGACCGGUCUUUGAGCACAGAGAAACCCGUACAGUUCGCCUUUUGCUUAGCUUUGAGUGGACUACAGCUCGACGAUUGGCAGCAAUCGAAACUCGCCAGUACUGAAAACGGUGAUCCUAGAAUACCACUGGGUCCUGGAACCGACGCUCUGCGAGGCCUGGUCAAGUCUGUCUUCGAGAGAGAAAGACCCAGGCCGGAUUACGCCGUAUUUGAGGAGUCGUACAUCGGCAGGCACACCCAUGCGCUUCUACUAUCAGUCCUUAUUACGAGGAAUCUGCAAUACGUUUCGAAACAGGGGCAGACCGGACUGCUUCCGUUGUUCUCAGCCCUGCGCAUCGGCGGUACAGGUCGCCGAGUCCGAACACGCGUCCCGGAUCCAGGUAAAAUCCAGUUUGUCGGCUCCCCGUACACCGCGCAACGGCAAAGCGGGGAUGACGAAGAUCCUCAGGUGGUAUCGGAGCAUUCCCUACAACCGCGCUUUCCAUUAGUCACACCCAGCCUCGCCAGGUUUCGUGGGGCAACGAAUGACAGAGGCCGCUACUUUUACCCGUUUGCGGGUGACGAAUGGUGGUCUUGGUACAGAACCCGUUCGAACGAUCUGGCCAAACGGCUCGACGAGGGCGAGUGGUAUGGCUGUUACACAUACGGCCUCGGUCUCGCGGAUCGAGUCGACGAUCCCAUGCAGGGUAUCUUCUUUCGAAAGAGAGAAAUCCACGGCGACACGUAUUUCGUCGAGGCCCUCGAUUGCUCAGAUGGUGGCGGCUCUUUCAAUCUAACUGGAGAAGUCAACGCUUCCGACCUGGCUGGCACAAUCAUAUUUCGCAAGCAGUAUGCUAGUCACGUCCUGGUCUGGGAGGGCUUGAUCACCCCAUUGGGUAUCCUGGGCCAGUACCAUCGGGUGACGGGCCUUCCACGCGAUUGGCAACACGGCUACUUCUGGCUCUGGAAGAGAGACUGGAUGGACGAUGGGGAUGUCUAA